AAACCCAUUUCGCAGUUGCCCUUCCUUAUUCCUCUUUCUCCUUGAUUUGCAAUUCCUAAAUCAUUCAAAGAAUCCUAUUUUUUCCAACAAUCAUUACACAAUUAACUAGUAAUGUCUUCUUCUUCUUCAACUGAAAAUUCGAUGCCUGAGAAAUUUCUUGAAUAUAAGAGAUUACUUAUAAUGGCGAAUGUGAUAGGUCUUUUGAAGAUUAGAGUAAUUAAAGGAAUCAAUCUUGUAGUCAAAGAUGCAAACAGUAGCGAUCCUUAUGUUAUUGUCUCCAUGGGUUCCCAGAAAGCUUCUGAAACCAAGGAAAGCCAAAAUGAGAUGAAGAAGGAAGAUUUUAAGAGUCACGUGAUGGUCAACUUGUCAAAAGUAACGAUCAAUAAACGAAAUCCGUUUGAAGGUAGUCUUUUGCAAAAACUUGUAUUAUAUAAGAUAAUUUUUAGUUUUUUUCACAAAAUUCAAUCAUCAUAGCUUCAAACAUAUUCCUCUGACAGCUACUCAGAAGGACCUUCAAAUAGAAGGGAUACAUAUUAGGAGUAGCAACAUUCAUGGACAUUGGACUUGUAAAGUUGUACAAAUUCCAUACAUGUGUAGAUUGGUAUGAAAAUUAAAUAGAAUUGACUUGUUUUUAAGUUUUAA